GUUUGAGUAGUUCUGUUACUAUCCCGUAUGUUUUAAUGUAAAUGUGUGCUCGUAGCGGCUGCUUGCGGACGUGUUAUAGGUGUUCCACCACAAUAAGUGCCUUUUGAAAACCUUCCAUGGCAGAUACAGUUUCCAAAAAGUGUUUAUAGCAUUUUAUGGCCUGAGAAAAUGGUCACAUAGACUCAUCAUUCCAACUGCCAAGCAUCAGGAAAACAUUCCCAAUUCUGCCAAAUGGUAACGUAAAUCAGGAAUAAUAAGUUCAAAGAGGGCGUUGCAUCUGUGAUUCAUUUUGUACAAAGUUAGCGAGAUGGAUUCCCGCAGCCAGUCCACGGGACCCACCACUCCCACACACGUCCGCCCACGUUUCGACCCCUCCACGACGCCCAUGGGGGCCCCAGGUGGGACCAUGGGCGGUCUGCACGCCCAGGGUAGGGUAGGCGGUCUCCAGCCGCAAGGAGGCGUCGUCGGGCCUACGGUCGGCGUGGCGGGAGGUCCCUUCGCGGGCGGCUACGGGCGCUGGGUCCCGGGGGAUCGCGGCGGGGGCAGGCGUGUGGCGGUCCGGGCACGGCCUUCAUGCGCCGGACCCGCAUGGGCAUCGGGUCCAACUUGAUGGGGCCCCUGAACCGGCAGCCCGAACCGCCGUCCAACGAGCCGGAUCACGCCGAGGCCUUCGUGGAGGAGUCCGGCAUCAAGUUGUUCGAGUCCCGACCCAAGGCCGAGGACGACCAUGACCACGACGAUGAGGACGACGACGAGGGGGACGACAGCGAGGAGGACCCUCUUUACGAUCUGGAUGUGAUGGACGACACCAUCGUGGAGGAGGGCGAGGACGAGGAAGAGGAGGACGAGAAGGGCGGCGACUCCGGCGGCGCGAAGGAGACACCGAGCCAAGGACAGGAAAGUGAGGCGGCGGCGGAACCACAGGCUGAAGUCGCGACGUCUGUGGUACCGCAGGAGACAGCCAAGUCGGAGAGGAGUGGCAGCGUCAGCAGUGCCGGCAGCAGCAACAAUAGCUCUGGAAACAUCAGCAACGGCCCCAAUACCAACUGUCUGAGUGCCAAAGGCAUGCAGGGUAGUGUCAGCAACAGCAGCAGCGGCGGGGCUGUCAACGGCGCCGGAAAAAGGGAUUCUUGCAGUAGCGGAAGCUCUCGAGACUCCGGCAUGAGCGAGCCCUGGCCUGCCCCUGAACAGCAGAACUUCAACCGAGGGCGGCCAGCUCGCCUCUCCCUGCCCUCCACCUCACGUCCUCGACACCAGUUCACCAUUCGACGGGUGGCGGAGGCCGAGGCGCCCCCCGCCCGCCGCACCUCCGAAUACAUCGACAAUCGACUGGCGGAGCUUCGAAGUCCCGAGUCCUCCAUGAUGUCGUCCCGAUCCCAGCACCCCGUCUGGGUCAAACGUCAUACGGAAACAACAGGAGUGACAGGAGGCAAGAGCCAGCAGCUAACAGACAACCUAGCUGAUGGCUCCCAGGAGGCAGGAUCACGCAUUGGUGGGUCAGGAGGCAACGGAAGGGGGGAUGGCAGUGGCAUGCAGUCAUCAGGCAGUGUGCGUCCGAGGUCAGGCACUUGGAGUGUGGCGAACUCAAGAAGGGUCAAGAUUAAGGCUGAGAAGGAGGAGGAAGCCUCCUUCCGCCAGCGCCGUAAGUCAGGCGACGACAUUCUCGCUGCCACGUCGAACAACGGGAGCAAUGUUGCAAGCAGCCGUCGCAAAGAGGGCGGUCCACAGGGAUUCUUUGACUCCUUUAGACCGCGUUCCAAGUCUGAUGCCAGAGCUAUAUUGGCAGCACGUCAGAGGAGGAAAUCAGGAGAUGAUGUCCUUAACACAUCAGCCAAGGAAAAGGAGAAGAAAAAGGAGACUUCGGCUGGGUUCUUUGACUAUAUCACACGCCCUCGGUCGAAGUCUGAUGCCUCGUCUCGCCUGGCCAAGAAACCCAACCUGAUGACUACCAUGAAGAAUGCUGUUCAGAGCUGGAGUGAUGAAAAGGAACGUAGGAGAAGGGAGCGAGAGGCUCAGCGACGAGAGAGGCAGUUGAUGUUGGGUCGCUUCUCCAAGUCCUGUCAGCAAUCGCUAGUGUCACCCAGUAGCAGCAGCCGGGGCGGGCGCCGAAGUGGUGAUGCGACACCAGUUGAACAGCAACCUGGAGAUGAUGUGUACCACACUUGGCAUGCAGGAGCACCUCACCCCAACCUGCAGAUAAGAAAUCGUACACCUGACAGUUCUAGAUCAACACCUCUGUCUAAAGUCAUGGAGCUCUUUAGAAGUCAUCGAGGAGAGAGCACAGAAGAGCGCCAGCGGAGGAAGAGUGGAGGCAAAUAUGGCGACAAAGGUCAGAUGCGAAGACACUCUUCGGAGACAGACAAGAGGCGACAUGGCAGUGGCACACUCUCGCACACGUACAUGCGAGGCGAGAUGGAUCCCAACCAGGCAGCCAUCCUGUUUCGGGAUUCUCGAGGGUUACCUGCAGCAGACCCGUUCUUGGAGAACAUCAGUAGGAGUGACUUAGAACAAGAUGAAUCACAGAUCUUCGUAAAGUUCUUCAAGUUCCACCACACAUACGACCUCAUUCCUCUCAGUGCCAAGCUUGUGGUGUUUGACACAAAGUUACAGGUUAAGAAGGCAUUCUUUGCUUUAGUGUAUAAUGGCGUACGAGCUGCUCCGCUCUGGGACUCCACUCGGCAGCAGUUUGUGGGCAUGCUGACCAUCACCGACUUUAUCCGCAUCCUGCAGAACUUUUACCAGUCGCCAAAUCGUAAGAUGGAAGAACUGGAGGAUCACAGGCUAGAGACAUGGCGCACUGUAUUGAAGGAUGAGUCUCGCCCUCUGAUCAGCAUCCGGCCAGAUGAGUCGCUAUAUGUUGCAAUUCGCUCACUCAUUCAUCAUAAGAUUCACCGCCUACCUGUUAUAGAUCCUGUCACUGGCAACGUUCUUUAUAUUGUAACACACAAGCGCAUUCUCAAGUUCCUCUACCUCUAUAUAAACGAGCUGCCCAAGCCGUCCAUCCUGCAGAAACCACUGCGGGAUAUGAAUAUUGGCACCUACACUAACAUACAGACAGCCAGCCAGGACACACUGAUCAUUGAAGCCCUGAACCAGUUCGUCAAACACAGAGUGUCUGCUCUGCCCAUUGUCGAUGCACAAGGAAAACUUGUGGAUAUUUAUGCUAAAUUUGAUGUGAUUAAUCUUGCUGCUGAAGGAACAUACAACAACUUGGACGUGACACUGCGCAAAGCCAAUGAGUACCGUAAUGAGUGGUUUGAACAAGUUCACCGAUGCACACUGGAUGAGACGCUAGAGACAGUCAUGGAACGCAUAGUGAGAGCGGAAGUCCACCGUCUUGUGGUGGUCGAUGAAGAAGGCAGAGUUGUUGGUGUGAUUUCCCUCUCUGAUAUUCUCAAGGAGCUUGUACUCAAACCUUGCAAAGAUACAGAGCCUAAUGGACUCCAGUCAGCCACUGUGUCACAGAUGGAAGUUACGCUCACAACUUCAGACUUGUCAACAUCCCCCACAAAACCCUCCACUGAGGAUGGCAUGGAUCCCUCCACUGAGGUUUCCCAGGACUCCUCGGAAAAUUCCCCAGCCGAACUGAAUAUCAAGGAGGUUGAAGUGACUCCACCAGCUGAUGUCAACAUUAGCGUUGUCCGCAAGACAGAGAGUGAGGAUAGUGUGGAGGGAAAGUGGAGCAGUGAUGACCGACUUAGUCAACACUGCAGCAGCAGCAGUGGAAAGGUGGACCAGGAUGCUGCUAAGGCAUCUCCUGCAGACAGUGAGGAAGACGAGGGUCGCUACAGUAUGGGGGAUGCAGAUGAUCCUCCCCAGGCAGAGGUCAUUCCUAUUACAGGAUGAAUAUGAUGAGGAUUGAAUGUGUAAAUAGUAUUGGCUUUGGAUAUGUUCAUGUGAGCUAUAUAUACACAUAAAUAUGAAGUGUAUAUAUAUAUAUAUAU